ACACACACACACACACACAUCUCCCAACAGCUCAGCAGCUUCCUGUCCUUUCAUCUUAAAGAUGCGACCAUCUCUGGUUUGAGGUUUUUGUGGCAGAUGUGUCUCUGAAUAUGUCUGUGUGCAUGUGAGUGUGUGUGUGAGUGUGUGUGUGUGUGAAGGUAAGGCCUGCGUCACUCUUCCUCCCCCUCUCUUUCCUUCCGGUUAAAGGAUGAUACCCAGCGCAUCACACAGUCUUCACAAAGAGAGAGAGAGAGACAGAAAGACAAAGAACGAAGAAUGUAACAUAACAGAGUUAGUCUCACAUCCAUUAUGGCCCAUUUCAAUCAUACUGUGCGGUCGUUGUUCUGUUGUUGCUGUUGUGCAGUGCAAACCAGUUCUCACUUGAGUGUAAAUGAGGACAGACGCUUCCACUCAGGACACGCCAACAGAAGCGAGCGUUCCCGCCGCAAGCUGCCAUUGCCCCCGCCUGACGAUGACGAUGGUCCAAAGAGGAAGGUGCUCGCCAUGUAUGACUUCGUGGCCCGUGAGCCCACUGACCUGACGCUACGCCAGGGAGAGGAGUACACCAUUCUCCACAAGCAGGACCAGCUGUGGUGGAGGGCAGAGGACAAACACGGCAAAGAGGGCUUCAUCCCCAGUAACUACGUCACAGAAAAGGACACAAUUGAAGCUAAUCUGUGGUACUGCAAAAACAUCACAAGAGCUCAGGCUGAGCAGUUACUACAGCAAGAGGGUAAAGAAGGGGGAUUCAUAGUGAGAGACUCCAGCCAGCCCGGAAAUUAUACCGUGUCAGUCUACACUAAAGCUGUCAGGAGAGAGGGAGACGUGAAGCACUACCAGAUCAGGCAUUCUCCUGCAGGCCAGUUCUUCCUGGCCGAGAGAUACGUCUUCAGCUCCAUACCUGCCGUCAUUCAGUACCACAUGUUCAACGCUGGAGGUCUGAUCUCCAGGCUGCGGUAUCCUGUCGGGGCCACAGGCCGCUGUGAGCCGGCCACCUCAGGCUUCAGCUCAGAUAAGUGGGAGAUUAACCCAGCAGAGCUGACGUUCAUGAAGGAGCUGGGCAGUGGGCAGUAUGGAGUGGUGCGACUGGGCAAGUGGAGAGCGCAGCAUAAAGUGGCCAUCAAGGCCAUCAGGGAGGGAGCCAUGUCUGAGGACGACUUCAUUGAGGAGGCCAAGGUCAUGAUGAGACUCUGCCACCCUAAACUGGUGCAGUUGUACGGUGUGUGUCUGCGGGAGCCCCCGAUGUGCAUCGUCACAGAGUUCAUGGAUAACGGCUGCUUGCUGGACUUCCUGCGUCAGCACAGCGGCAUCAUGGGUAACAGCCACCUGCUGGCUAUGUGCCAGGAUGCCUGUGAGGGGAUGGAGUACCUGGAGCUCAACAAUUUCAUACACCGAGAUCUGGCUGCGCGGAACUGUUUGGUAGACAUGAGGAACGUAGUGAAGGUGUGUGACUUUGGCAUGGCCAGAUAUGUUUUAGAUAACCAGUACACCAGCUCCAUGGGCACCAAGUUCCCAGUGAAGUGGUCUCCCCCAGAGGUUCUGCAUUUUUUCAAGUACAGCAGCAAGUCUGACGUCUGGUCCUACGGUGUGAUGAUGUGGGAGAUUUUCACAGAGGGGCGGGUCCCGUUUGAGAACCGGACCAAUCAGGAGGUGGUGGAGGACGUGACCCAGGGCAACCGUCUGUACCGCCCACACAAGGCCUCGACAAGGGUGUACGACAUCAUGUUCAAAUGCUGGGACGCGAAGCCACAAGAACGUCCAUCUUUCUCUGAACUGAUGGUAAACAUCCGCGAGCUGGCCGAAGAGGAGCUGUAGCAGACAGACAGACUGACACCUGGACAGACAGACACACAAUCAGACAGACACACAAUCAGACAAACAGAUAAAAAGACGGAGAUAAAAAGACGGACUGACAGAUGGAGUCAGACUCACACCCACACAAACAUGCACACUAACAGAGAUAUAAAGAAACAGAAAGACAGACACAGGGACAGGCAGACAGAUAAAUAGAGAGGUUGGCAGGUUGGCAGCCAGUCAGACAAGCCUAAAAGCUGACAGACCAACAGACAGUCAAACUGACAGACAGGCAGAGAACAGAUAUGCAUUCAGAGAUGUUGCCGAGCUGACAAACUUAAAUACCCAGGAAGACAAAGUAUUAUGCUGGUACUGACAAGGUCAUGGUUUGAUCUCCUUAAGAUCACAAUGUAGACAACAGACUCUGUGUAAAUAUGUAGAUAAAGUUGGAAGGAAAACAAACAACCAUGUUGAACUCCAUGCAUACGAACAUAUUUCUAUUUUAAAUAAAGAAAAUAUAUAUUUAUCAA